CACUCCAAAAAACCUACUCUUUCACGUAAGGCGCACAGUGCGAGCGACGAAAGGUUGGUGGAUUCUACUUCACAACCGCGCGGCGGGCUUCGAAUAGAAUUCCUGCUUUAUUUCCAACCUCCUUUCUCUCCCGAUUGUCCACCAGAGCAGCUGGAAAGAAAACAAGAAGCACAUCGGAGAAUGAGAAGGUGGUGAAGAAAACAAAACAAACAAAACCAAAAAAAAACAAAACAAGGUUGUGGGGGUCCUGCGGGAGACGCGACGGGAGUUUGGAGGCAGGCUUGGAAAGCCCAGCGGAGGAAGGAACGAGAAGAAGACGACAUUUAGCGACAAAAACACGGAAUAAUGAGAAACCUUUGCUUCAUUUUGACCCUCGGCUUGGCCGUGUACCUCUCCGGGGAAAGGAUAGCAGAGGCAGCAAAAACCUCCUCCCAGGUCGAUGACCUGUACCUGGACGAUGCCGGCUCAGGAGGUUACUACCCCGAAGAUGACGACGACUUUAACUCAGGCUCUGGCUCAGGUGGGGCUGAAGAGGUGGCUGAGGAAACCGUGACUGUCAGUAUGGUUUAUAUCGCACCCAAAGCAGCGGAACCCACCAAGGACUCCACCAAAGAUUUCACACCCAGAGUAGAGACAGCUACGGUCAGGGAAAAGGCCAGAGAGAGCACACCGAAGAAACCAACCAGAACAGAGGCUCCAGUGCCUGUUACAGAGGACAUGCAGAGGAACCAGAUGACCAGUACAACUAGUGCACCCGGCUCGGCCCUGGAGCCCAUCGAGGUCCGCACAGAAAGCCUCUUCCAAAGGACAGAGGUGUUGGCAGCUGUUAUUGCCGGCGGCGUGAUCGGAUUCCUGUUCGCCAUCUUCCUCAUCCUGCUGCUGGUUUACCGCAUGCGCAAGAAGGACGAGGGCAGCUACGACCUGGGCGAGAGGAAACCCGCCGGCGCGGCCUAUCAGAAGGCCCCCACCAAGGAGUUUUACGCCUAAAAGCUCCCGCCCACUUGUCAAUAAGACCGGAAAACAAAAAACCACCCACCCACGAGGCCGCCUGAGCCGCGGCAACAGAAAACAUGAGAAACAAAAAAAAUUAACAUAAUGGCAAACGUUUGCAUAGUUAAGAUCUUUUUAUCCCCCUUCUUAUGUUUUUUUUUUUGUUUUUUUUUAAAAAGAGCUGUCCGUGUAUUAUAGGAAAGAUUAGAAAAAAUAACCGGAUUUGUAAAGCUGACAUUUAGCAGGUAAAGACAAACAAAUCUAACUGAAUGAUCAAUCCUACUUUCAUGUUUUUUUUUUCUCGUUUUUUUUUAUGUCCCAGCAUGUCUGAUGUUAAAGUUGUAUUAUUAAUUUAUCUUUUCGCCGACGUGGGAAAAUGCCUUGCUAGUUUUGAUGAAGCUCUUUUUUGUCUUCACAGUAACGCUGUUAAUAGUCAAUGUAAAUGUCCUCCUUUUUCUGCUCUCACAUCCAUUUUUAGACAUGCGGUAACUUUUGUUUUCAGUCUUUUUCUUUGACGGAGUUUUAUCGUCACACCCAAGAAUUUUUGCGCUUAAAAGACGGAGGAAUAAGUGUGCCAGUGCUCCGAGUUUCGUUCUUUUUCAUUAUUUGGGCUCCCAUAAACCCCCUCAAUGUGCACUCUCGCCAAACUACCAUCCUUUUUUUUUUUUUUUACCCUUCCCGGGCCUCUUGUCCCUCUCUGUUUACCCUCGCCCACCUUCUUUUUCAGUCAGAUUGGAGCGUGGCCAGUAAAGAUGUCAAUGGCCUGCCCCGUAUCCGGCUUUUAUUCCCCCCGUGUUGAUGUUUUGGGCCCUAAGACCGCCUGGACACAAACCCACCAGGCAGUGCUUAAACAAAAGGAGACUCUACGGAUGCCAUAGUGUGCUUUCUUUGACUAACUUUGAAAUGUUCUCUUCACUUAUGAUGACAAAAAAAAUCUAGUUUAAUUCGAUAAUCAGUCAGUGAAAUUGGUUUUGUAAUAAUACCACGCCACAUACUGUUACUAAAAAAUGCAAUUGCAUUCGAAAUUGCGUGUGAAAGAUGAACUGCGCGAGCCAAACUGAAAUGCUAACAUUAGCAUGCUAACAGUUAGCGUGUGUCAAGUACCAAGUUAUGGGAUACUGAGGUGUACGGCUGCAAAAUUAGCAGAAAAAGUGUUAGCAUACUAACACUUAGCAUGUGUCAAGUACCAAGUUAUAUGAUACUGAGGUGUACGGCUGCAAAAUUAGCGGAAGAAGUGUUAGUAUACUAACACUUAGCAUGUGUCAAGUACCAAGUUAUAUGAUACUGAGGUGUAUGGCUGCAAAAUUAGCGGAAAAAGUGUUAGUAUACUAACACUUAGCAUGCGUCAAGUACCAAGUUAUAGGAUACUGAGGUGUAUGGCUGCAAAAUUAGCGGAAAAAACUAACACUUAGCAUGUGUCAAGUACCAAGUUAUAUGAUACUGAGGUGUAUGGCUGCAAAAUUAGCGAAAAAAGUGUUAGCAUACUAACACUUAGCAUGCGUCAAGUACCAAGUUAUAGGAUACUGAGGUGUAUGGCUGCAAAAUUAGCAAAAAAGUGUUAGCAUACUAACACUUAGCAUGUGUCAAGUACCAAGUUAUACUGAGGUGUAUGGCUGCAAAACUUGCGGAAAAAGUGUUAGCAUACUAAAACUUAGCAUGUGUCAAGUAUAAAGUUAUAGGAUACCGAGGUGUAUGGCUGCAAAAUUAGCGGAAAAAGUGUUAGCAUACUAACACUUAGCAUGUGUCAAGUACCAAGUUAUAGAAUACUGAGGUGUAUGGCUACAAAAUUAGAAAAAGGGGUGUUAGCAUACUAACACUUAGCAUGCGUCAAGUACCAAGUUAUAGGAUACUGAGGUUUAUGGCUGCAAAAUUAACGGAAAAAGUGUUAGCAUACUAACACUUAGCAUGUGUCAAGUACCAAGUUAUAGGAUACUGAGGUGUAUGGCUGCAAAAUUAGCGAAAAAGUGUUAGUACACUAACACUUAGCAUGCGUCAAGUACCAAGCUAUAGGUUACUGAGGUGUAUGGCUGCAAAAUUUGCGAAAAAGUGUUAGCAUACUAACACUUAGCAUGUGUCAAGUACCAAGUUAUAUGAUACUGAGGUGUAUGGCUGCAAAAUUAACAAAAAAGUGUUAGCAUACUAACACUUAGCAUGUGUCAAGUACCAAGUUGCAUGACUCCGUAGUGUACGGUUGCAAAAUUAGCUAAAACAAAAUGUUUAGCAUGUUAGUGUUAGCAUGCUAACGGUUAGCUUGUGUCGAGUGCCGAGUCAUUGGCGUGUGUCAAGUACAAAGUUGUAUGACUUUGUGGCGUACGGCUGGAAAAAUUAGCUAAGUCAUAUGACUCCAGCUGCAAAAUUAUCGAAAAAGUUUACCCCGCUAAUUUUAGCACGUAUCGGGUACCAAGUUAUAUGGCUGAGGUGUACGGCUGUAAAAUUGUUAAAAAAAAAGUUAGCAUGUGUCAAGUACAAAGUUGUAUGACUUUGUGGCGUACGGCUGGAAAAAUUAGCUAAAAGUAUCAUGCUAAUGUUAGCGUUGUAGCAAGUACCAAGUUAUACGACAAUGAAGAGUGUACGGCUGGAAAAAUGACUGAAAACGGUUAUCACGCUAAUGUUAGCAUGAUAACAGUUAACAUGUGUCGAAGUACCGAGUUACCGUAUAUGACUGAGGUGUACAGCUGCAAAAUUGGCUAAAAAAAAGUUAGCGUGUGUCAAGUACAAAGUUGUAUGACUCUGUGUAUGGCUGCAAAAUUAUCGAAAAAGUUUACCCCGCUAAUUUUUGCACGUAUCGGGUACCAAGUUAUAUGGAUGAGGUGUACGGCUGUAAAAUUGGCUAAAUAUGUUAGCAUGUGUCAAGUACAAAGUUGUAUGACUUGUGGCAUAUGGCUGAAAAAAUUGCUAAAAUUAGCGUGCUAGCAGGCUGCGAAAUUGGCUCAAAAAUUUAGCAUGUGUCAUGUGCAAAGUUGUAUGACUCUGUGUGGUGUACGGCUAAAAAAAGUUAGCAUAUUAAUGUUUGCAUGCUAACAGUUAGCAUGUGUGCAGUACCAGGUUGUAUGACACUGAAGGUUGUAUGACACUACAGCUGCAAAAUAACUGAAAAACGGUAAUCAUGAUAAUGUUAGCAUGCUAACAGUUAACAUGUGUCAAGUACCGAGUUGCCGUGUAUGACUGAGGUGUACGGCUGCAAAAUUGGCUAAAAAAGUUAGCACGUGUCAAGUACAAAGUAUUACGACUCUGUGGUGUACGGCUGCAAAAUAAGCGAAGAACUUUACCCCGUUAAAGUUAGCACGCUAACAAUUAGCACGUAUCGAGUACCAAGUUAUAUGACCAAGGUGUACGGCUGUAAAAUCUGCUAAAUACGUUAGCGUGUGUUAAGAACAAAGUCGUAUGACUUUGUGGCGUACGGCUAAAAAAAAUAAAAAUUAGCAUGUUAAUGUUUGCAUGCUAACAGUUAGCACGUGUCAAGCACCAGGUUAAGAGUAUGAGGUGUGUACGGCUGCAAAACUAGUGAAAAAGGUUAUCACGCUAAUGUUAGCAUGUUAACAGUUAGCAUGUGUUAAGUACCAAAUUAUACGACCCUUGGUGUAAGGCUAAAGAAUUGGCCAACAAAGUUAGCUUUGUAUCAAGUAAAACAUUUUUAACACUGUGCUCGCAACUGUUAGUAUGCUAACAGUUAGCAUGUGUCAAUUACCAAGCUAUAGGACUCUGGAGUACGGAUGCACAAUAUGCUAACAUUAGCAUGCUAACAAUUAGCAUGUGUCAAGUACCAAGUUAUAGGACUCUGGAGUACGGAUGCAAAAUAUGCUAAUGUUAGCAUGCUAACAGUUAGCAUGUGUCAAGUACCAAGCUAUAGGACUCUGGUGUACGGACGCAAAAUAUGCUAAUGUUAGCAUGCUAACAGUUAGCAUGUGUCAAGUACCAAGUUAUAGAACUCUGGUGUACGGAUGCAAAAUAUGCUAACGUUAGCAUGCUAACAGUUAGCAUGUGUCAAGUACCAAGUUAUAAGUCUCUGGUGUACAGAUGCAAAAUAUGCUAAUGUUAGCAUGCUAACAGUUAGCAUGUGUCAAAUACCAAGUUAUAGGACUCUGGUGUACGGAUGCAAAAUAUGCUAAUGUUAGCAUGCUAAAAGUUAGCAUGUGUCAAGUACCAAAGUGUAUGACUGAGGGGUACAAUUGAAAACUUAGCUCGCCAUACAGCUGACUAACUUAAGCAAGGAGGAUUAAGAAACUGGUUAAGAAAUGUAAAGCACUCGUUACGCGUGGCUCCCUCCACCUCUCUUAAGUUUUUUUUUCCUGUUCUGUCAUCCGACGUGUUUCCGUUUCUUUUCGACGUCGUCAUUUCUUGUCCUAUAGGUACUGUACUCAUGAACUAUGUUGAUAAACCCAAAGACUCACAGUAUUCCUACCACCCCAUCUUGUUUUCUUUUCUGUCCAGUUGCUUAUUAGUACAUGAAAAUAUAUAUAAAUACAGUAUAUAUAUAUAUAUAUAUAAAUGUAUAUUCACUAAUGUUUUAAA